UAAUACUCACAGUGUACUCUCUCUCUCCUCCUUGUUAUUCUCUCUCCUCCUUCAAAGCAGUCGAGGUUCCAUUUGUGCUCCUCCUUCUAUCCAAUUUCGCGGCGAAAGUGUUCUGGGCAAAAAAUUCACACCUCCAUUUUCAAGACGAGCUAGGAUUGUUCGUUAAUUUGGUGAAUUCGUGAUAAGAAAUUGCGCUGGAGGAAGAAUUAUUUGUCAUCAAGAGGAAAAUGGGUAAACGUAAUGCUCCACUUCCAAAGGAGAAAAAAACAGAGGAAGACGUUGUUAAGGGAAAGGGCGUGUCUACAAGGGCAGGAGCACGAACGAGAACAACUGCAUGUGGACUAAAGGCAGUGGAAGGUUCUUCCAGUGGAAAGAAGAGAAAAGUCUAUGAUGCGGAGACUAGUGGAGAGGAGGAGCCACGUACAGAGAGCAACGAUGACGAGGACGUCGUUAGUAUUCAUAACUUAACCACUACUAUUAGACCGAAGUUGAGUGUAGGUGCUCAGGUGAAGAAAUCGGAGACUGUUGUGUCCACCAGGCUGAGGAAAGGCAUGCAUGAGAAUGAUAGGAUUGAGGUGUUUUCAAAGUUGGUGUCACUGUUGGAUGACAAUCGAAGGGAUUUAGUUAGAAAAAUGGGGUUUGGAGCCCUCCUCACCGUGAAACUGCGCAACCUGUGUUAG